CGCAAAUGUGAAGACUGAGACAAUUCAGCAACUAAAGGCCCAGGAUUAGACCGCAGGUCUCUCCGUGGAGUCACACCUCCAGAUGAUGCCAGUGUUGUUUGGAAUUGUUCUACAUGGCAGACAGAGCACCUUUUCAAAACCCAGAUAUAAAGACCUGAAGAUAGUCUUUCCUACUCAGAGAUGGAGAACAGCACCACCACCAUUUCUCGGGAGGAGCUGGAAGAACUACAAGAAGCAUUUAAUAAAAUAGAUAUUGACAACAGUGGGUAUGUCAGUGACUAUGAACUCCAGGACCUGUUUAAGGAAGCAAGCCUUCCUCUGCCUGGCUACAAGGUUCGCGAAAUCGUGGAGAAAAUUCUAGCAGUUGCUGACAACAACAAAGAUGGGAAAAUCAGCUUCGAAGAGUUUGUGUCACUAAUGCAAGAGUUAAAAAGCAAAGACAUCAGCAAAACAUUCAGAAAAAUAAUUAACAAAAGAGAAGGGAUUACUGCUAUUGGAGGAACUUCAUCCAUUUCCAGUGAGGGCACACAGCAUUCUUAUUCAGAGGAAGAAAAAGUGGCUUUUGUUAACUGGAUAAACAAAGCCCUGGAGAAUGACGCUGACUGUAAGCAUCUCAUACCUAUGAAUCCCAAUGAUGGCAGUCUUUUCAAAUCACUUGCCGAUGGCAUCCUUCUUUGUAAAAUGAUCAACUUAUCUGAACCAGAUACAAUUGAUGAAAGAGCCAUUAAUAAGAAGAAGCUCACCCCUUUCACUAUUUCUGAAAAUUUAAACCUAGCCCUGAAUUCUGCCUCAGCCAUUGGUUGUACAGUGGUCAACAUUGGUGCACAGGAUCUCAAAGAAGGAAAACCUCACUUGGUCUUGGGACUUCUCUGGCAGAUCAUCAAAGUUGGUCUUUUUGCUGAUAUUGAGAUUUCCAGAAAUGAAGCCCUGAUUGCAUUGCUAAAUGAAGGUGAGGAUCUAGAAGAGCUGAUGAAGCUUUCUCCAGAGGAAUUACUGCUGCGUUGGGUGAACUACCAUCUGACCAAUGCAGGAUGGCGUACCAUCAGCAACUUCAGCCAGGACAUUAAGGAUUCAAGAGCCUAUUUUCAUCUGCUUAAUCAGAUUGCACCUAAAGGUGACCGGGAUGAUGGACCUGCCAUUGCCAUUGACCUUUCAGGAUUUAAUGAGGAAAAUGACUUGAAGCGUGCUGAAUUCAUGCUUCAGGAAGCAGAUAAACUGGGCUGCAGACAGUUUGUUACUCCUGCAGAUGUGGUUUCAGGCAAUCCUAAACUUAAUUUAGCUUUUGUAGCUAAUCUGUUUAACACAUACCCAAGCCUACACAAGCCUGAUAAUAAUGACAUCGAUAUGAAUUUAUUGGAAGGAGAAAGCAAGGAAGAGAGGACAUUUCGGAACUGGAUGAAUUCCUUGGGAGUCAACCCAUACAUUAAUCAUUUGUACAGUGACCUCGCAGAUGCUUUAGUCAUCUUUCAGCUCUACGAAAUGAUCCGCGUGCCAGUCGAUUGGAGCCAUGUCAACAAACCUCCGUAUCCUGCUCUUGGAGGGAACAUGAAGAAGAUCGAAAACUGUAACUAUGCAGUGGAACUUGGGAAGAAUAAGGCCAAAUUCUCCUUGGUUGGCAUUGCUGGGCAGGACUUAAAUGAAGGGAAUUCCACACUUACUCUGGCAUUGGUGUGGCAGCUGAUGAGAAGGUACACGUUGAACGUGUUAUCGGAUCUUGGAGAGGGUGAAAAAGUAAAUGAUGCAAUUAUCAUUGAAUGGGUCAAUCAGACUCUUAAAAGUGCAAACAAAAAUACUUUUAUUUCCAGCUUCAAGGACAAAUCUAUUACCACUAGUUUACCUGUCUUGGAUUUAAUAGAUGCCAUUGCACCAAAUGCAGUUCGUCAAGAAAUGAUCAAGAGAGAAGACCUUUCUAAUGAGGACAAGCUGAACAAUGCUAAAUACGCCAUUUCAGUUGCUCGAAAGAUCGGUGCCCGGAUAUAUGCCUUACCUGAUGACCUCGUGGAAGUGAAACCCAAGAUGGUUAUGACAGUGUUUGCAUGCUUAAUGGGAAAAGGACUGAACAAAAUAAAAUAAUGAAACAUUUAUUAUGAUUUUCUGCCACAUUAAACACAUUGAAUGCCUCACAGUUUACAGAUUUCUGAAAUGUAGUGGUAUAAAACCAGAGAUUAUUUGUAUGCUCAAAACAGUUGUAUGAAUCAUUAAUGAAUUUAAUAUCCUGUUCAUACUAGCUAGGAUUUGUUGACAAUUAAUUUACCAGUCGAUACUGAUAAGAGUGUGUUCAUUUUCAAGAUGAUAUUAUGAUUAAAUUAUUGUUUCCUGAAAGUCUCUUUAAAACAAGACUAAUUCAUUCUUUUUCAUGGUUCAGAAAUGAUCAAUGCAAAACUUUUUCUGCAUGUCCUGCUGUGAAAUGUGUUUUGAUUUUGUGUGUGUGUUGAUUUUGAUCAUAAUUGUAUUCAAAAUCAUAAUCCAGUUUAAUCCUUUUAUUUUUUUUCCUCCAGCUAUGUGAAGUGGUCCAAAACUUUAACUUUUCUGUAAAUUUCUAUACUAAAAUUUUUAAAUGACAAGUAUUGUUCAUUAACAUUAAACUUUUUUAUAUAUAAGGACUAACUCAUGAAUAAACUUCAAAGUACAUUCUCUUAUAUGAGUAGCAGGAGCUUUUUACUUAAUACUUAAUUUUAACUGCAUCGAUACUUUACAUGUACUGGUUUGGUAAUACAGCUUUAACUAUGACCUGCAGCAUAUAUAUGUUGGUAAGAUGUUAUUAGAGAAAUAUGUGUGUACAUAUACAUAUUUUGCACCUGAAUUACCCAGGUUUUCUUAAGUGGUUGUAUACAGUCAACCCCCCAUAUCUGAUGCAUGCAUAUCCAAUGGUUCCACAUCCACAGAUUCAACCAACCAGCGAUCAAAGAUAUUUGAAAAAAAGAAUUCCAGAAAGUUCCAAAAAGCAAAACUUAAAUUUGCCAAGUGCCAGCAACUAUUUCCAUAGCAUUUACAUUGUAUUUACAACUAUUUGCAUAGUAUAUUAGGUAUAAGUAAUCUAGAGAUGAUUUAAAGUACAUGCAAGGAUGUGUGUAGGUUAUAUGCAAAUACUAAGCUGUUUUAUAUAAAGGAUUUGAGCAUCUGCAGAUUUUGGUAUCCUUUGGGGGGUCCUGGAACCAGUCCUCUGGAUACUGAAGGAUGACUGUAUUGGUCAGUUAACCAACAUUAAGUAAUAAUUGUGCCCCCACUAGGUGCGUAACACUUUUCAGUUUGUAGCUAUCUGGUACAUGAAGAUUUCUUUUAGAAAUACUCAUUUUGGAUGUGCAUAUAGUUACUUUUCAACUGACUUCAAACACUGGCUACAGCUCUCAAGACAUGUUGAUACCAUAUUAUUAGCUUCAUAUUACACAUGCUAAUUUUUGAUAUUCUAGCCCUAAUUUAGAAUACGCCCACUGAAUAUCUUUAGUAGAAAGUAACACAAAGCUAAUAUUCAACAUAUUUUCACAUUUUUCCCAGUUUCCUUCAAAUUGGCAAUGUUUGGUUAAUGCUUAUGUUACUUGGCAGUAGCUUUGCUUCAGACCUAUUUUUGUCUGAAUUUUUUAGCAGUAGACCAAUUCUGCUAACAACUGAGUUCAGAAGUUUCCUUCCUUCAUCUUCCACUGUUAGUGCCAGUGACCAGUACUGCUGUGCAACAAAAAAUGCUGUCACUUUAUCUCACUGGGAAUGAGUAGUCUAAACCCCCCUUCUACCAUGGAGUAAAACAUAUGUGAUGCUAAGAGUACGACUACUCAUGUGCUUAGAAGAGAAUUUUUUAAAUGAGAUCAUCAACAGGUGGAACUUUGAAAUAUAUUCUACAAAAGAGAUUUCCUUUCCUUUUAUCAUUUGAUAAUUGUUUUCUUAUAUAAAGAUUAAAAUAUGUUUUUGCUCUUUUGUGAUAUUAUUUAAAUCAUUUCCUCUUGAUU